AUGUUGCACGACUUGAAUGUAUAUGUUACUUCCUCGUGUGAUGAGAUCAACAUAGCCCAUCGCAGAAUUGAUCUGUUUUUGGAAGAAAUAUUUGACAUUGACGCACACUCCUUUCUUACCAUUAAUUCUGAUAUUGACGAGUCUCCACCAGUGAAAAAGAGCACAGUGGUGUCCAAGAAUUCCUCAUCUAAACUUGCUACAAGUCUACUAAGGAGGGAGUCUGUUGACUGUGUUCCUGAGACAGACGAAGAAGAUUCUGACAUAAAGACACCUCCCAAAAGUAAAGAAAAUGGCAUUUGUGCAGUCAGCCACCCAGGAGCAUCUGACAGUGGAAAAAAAGUAAAUGCCAAACCACAGGUGAAAGUUAAACCAUUUUCUCCUGUGAAACUGACACCAACAUCAGUACUUGAUUAUUUUGGAAGCAGCAGCAUCCAGCGAUCAGCCAAAAAAAUUGUGGCCAGCAAACUGAAACCAGUCACAGAUGUAAAUGAUCUCACACGAGAUGAUGAAGCUAUCGCUAAGCAGCUGCAACUUGAGGAGGAUGCAGAGUUUGAAAGGCAGCUACAUGAAGAUGAAGAAUUUGCUCAGACCUUAGCCUUAUUGGAUGAACCCCCACAGAAUAAGAAGGCUCGAAUGGACUCUGGUGACAAGUCAUCAUCAAUUACUAUUCGAACAAGUCCAGGUAAAGCACCAGACUUAUUCCAGGGUGCUAAGAAAACCAGCGAAAAGAUUGAAAGAGAAGUACAUUCUCCUGUUCAUUGUGAAACUUUCACCAAAAAGCAAGAUACCCCAUUGAAAGCCAGUUCAAAGCUGGCACUAAUGAAACAAAAAGAUGAUAUGAAAAAGAAAAGUGUUGAUGUACCUAAAGCAGGAAAUGUAUGUGCAGUAUCUGCAAAAAGAGAAGCAAGCACAUCUCCAGAAAAAAAAGGUACACAAAAUGUUCAGAAAGAGAGGACUUCAGAGAAUAAAAAAGAAACAAGUACUCCGAAAAAGAAAAUAUCCCCCCAAAAAGUAGUAGUAAACAGUAUUCAGAAAGAGAAAACAUCAAGUCCACAGGAUCAGACUGUGUCACCCAAGAAAUCAGAGUCUGAAAACACCACAGAGUCUGAGAAGAAGCGCCAGAAUUUUAUGGCUUAUAAGAACUUCCUAAACAGGGAAGGCCCGAGAGCACUAGGCUCAAAAGACAUCCCUCAGGGAGCCGAUAACUGCUUAGAAGGCUUGACCUUUGUUAUCACUGGAGUCUUGGAGUCAAUUGAACGUGAUGAAGCCAAAUCUCUUAUUGAACGCUAUGGAGGAAAGGUCACUGGCAAUAUCAGCAAAAAGACCAGCUACCUUGUCAUGGGUCGUGAUGCAGGAGCUUCUAAAAGUGAAAAGGCAGCAUCACUGGGUACAAAAGUCAUUAAUGAAGAUGGACUGCUGGACCUAAUCCGCAAUAGUCCAGGCAAGAAAUCCAAAUAUGAAGUAGCUGCUGAAGCUGAGGCAAAGAAAUCAGAAUCUAAGAGGACACCAGAAAAAAAUGCUAAGAAGACACCACAAAAAGCUACUAGGACCUCACCAAGGAUCUCACCAAGGAAGUCUGGAAACAAGAAAAUGACCACCCCUUCCAAAGAAAGCAAAGAAUCUUAUAAACCCGAUAAAGGAAAGAGCUUUGGAAUGAAGAAAGUGUUAUUCUGUAAAAAUGAACCUGAUGAGAAGCAAACUAAACAACAGGAUGAAAAUUUGGGAGAGGAUUCCUGCAUGGCGAAGGAAGACGGUUUAUUGUGGGUGGAUAAGUACAAACCAACAUCUCUAAAAGCUGUCAUUGGUCAACAGGGUGAACAAAGCUGUGCCAGUAAGUUGCUUCGCUGGCUUAGGAACUGGCACAAAAACAAUUCUGGCAAGCCAAAGGCAGUUGCAAAAUUUAAUAAAUUUUCUACGAAAGAUGAUGGUUCCAGUUUUAAGGCAGCUCUUUUGUCUGGACCACCCGGUGUGGGUAAAACAACAACAGCCGUUCUUGUAUGCCAGGACCUGGGUUAUAGUUACGUGGAGCUCAAUGCCAGUGACACUCGUAGUAAGAACAGCUUGAAAGUAGUAGUAGCAGAAUCCUUAAACAACACCAGCAUCAAGGAGUUUUACUCUGGAACUGCCAACAUGGUGGGUAAUAAUCAUGUCCUAAUAAUGGAUGAGGUUGAUGGAAUGGCAGGAAAUGAAGACAGAGGAGGGAUUCAGGAACUAAUUGGACUAAUUAAACAGACAAAGAUUCCCAUUAUUUGUAUGUGUAAUGACCGGAACCAUCCUAAGAUUCGCUCACUGGUGAACUACUGCUUCGAUUUGCGCUUCCAGAAACCACGGCUAGAGCAGAUUAAGGGUGCCAUGAUGACUGUUGCAUUCAAAGAAGGUUUAAGGAUUCCCCCUCCAGCAAUGAAUGAGAUUAUCCUAGGAGCAAAUCAGGAUAUCCGACAGGUUCUGCAUAAUCUCAGCAUGUGGAGUGCAAAAGAAAAAGUAAUGACCUACGACCAAGCAAAACAGAAUGCUAACAGUGCCAAAAAAGACAUCAAACUGGGCCCCUUUGAUGUUGCCAGGAAAGUAUUUGCAGCUGGUGAAGAAACUGCUCAUAUGUCUCUAAUAGACAAGUCUGAUCUCUUUUUCUAUGACUACUCAUUAGCACCUCUCUUUGUUCAGGAAAACUAUGUACAUGUCAAGCCUGUUGCAGCAGGGGGGGACCUUAAGAAGCACUUAAUGUUACUGAGUAAAACUGCUGACAGCAUUUGUGAUGGAGAUUUGGUUGACAGGCAAAUUCGCUCCAAUCAGUCUUGGGGGCUUCUUCCAACACAAGCUAUUUAUGCAAGUGUUAUCCCCGGUGAGUUGAUGCGGGGCUAUUUGUCACAGUUUCCCAGCUUCCCUAGUUGGCUAGGGAAGUACUCAUCGACAGGCAAGCAUGACCGCAUCACACAAGACCUAGCUACACACAUGUGUCUAAGAACACAUUCAAGCAAGAGAGCAAUCAAUCUAGAUCAUCUGUCCUACUUGAGAGAUGCAUUGGUGAGACCUCUGGCCAAUCACGGUGUAGAUGGCGUGAAGAAAACAGUAGAGCUGAUGGAAGCAUACUACCUGAUGAAAGAAGAUGUGGAUAAUAUCAUGGAAAUAUGUAGCUGGGGAGGAAAGCCAGAUCCAUUUUCUAAACUUGACCCAAAGGUUAAAGCUGCUUUCACACGUGCUUAUAAUAAAGAAUCACAUUUGACACCGUACUCUCUGCAAGCAGUUAAGAAAACUAAACGGGGAGGAGGGGGAAUCCCUGAAACAGAGUUUGGUGAAGAGAUGGAUACAGGAGAUGCAUUGACCGAAGAAACUGCAGCAGAUGAAAAUAUUGAAACAGAUGCAAUGAUUAAGCGUAAGAAAGAGAAAGCAUCAAAGACUGAGAAGAAUGAAGAUACAAGUAAAGGAAAAGGAAGAGGGAAAGGAAAGAAGACUAAGUGUUAAAAUGCAGAUUUUUGGAAAAGAAAAAUUCCAUGUCAGAAUACAUUGCAUAUAUGUGACAGCUGUAGACCACAGUGGUCAAGAAUCAUUGUCUGGUACUAAUUGGACUGACAGUGUGCCCUUACACAACAGCAAAUUGCACAGAUGGGGACCACCAGCUGCUGUGGUAUUGUGGCGGCCAUGUUGUUUUUCCAUACAGUGAGCAGUGAUACUGUGGUAUAGUCCACUGGGGGGCUUUGCUACACAGACUUGUAGAAUUCAUUGGAUUAGAAUAUUAAAUUGCUGGAAGAAUGGUAGGAUGUCAGACAGCAGUCCUACAAGCAGUUUUUCUAAUCUCGAUGUCCCUCUAAGGACAGAGUUUCAUUACAGUUGAAUCCAGACAUGAAGCCAGAUCUGGCAACAUCACUUUAUCUUAACCAGUCUGAAAAAGAUGACAAAUACGAGGAAAGGAUGUAUACAGAAGAUUUACUAGAAGCCACAUUUUUGUUACAGGAACAUUUAUACAAGCAGAUGUGUUGAGCCAAGGUUAAUGGUGACCACUGACUUUGUGAUGGUCUCCAUUAUCCAGUUAUGUCUUUUGUGACUGCUUCCUUCUAAGUUUGCAAAUCAGAAGAGAAAUUACCUGUAUUUUGUCCCAUGUUUUAAAUGCUUGCAAGUACUGACAGUUACUGUAUGUGGCUUCUUAAAGGUGUCCUUGACGAGCCUGUCUUGCUUUCGCUACAUUAAUACUGGACUGCUGUAAAUAAGAUAUAAUGCAAAGUACUGUUUUGUAUAUUGGCAAAAUAUAAAGUAUAUAAGAUUUGCAAUAAAAUAGAGAUUUUUGCUAA